AUGAGGGGUGUGUUCUGCUCCUUGUACAGUUGGAUGCUUGUUCACCUCGCCUGGAUGUGCCUCCUUUCCUCCAUGCAGCACUGCAGAGCGAAAGUUCUGGAGAAGACCUUCGAGGAGUGGAUGAGAUACCGGGACGAGUGCUUGAAGAAGCUGGCAAAUGAGCCAUACCCCACAGGGCUCUACUGCAACCGGACGUUCGACAUGUACGCCUGCUGGCCAGAUGGGAGCCCAGGCAGCACCAUCAACGUCUCCUGUCCUUUCUACCUGCCAUGGUUCGAGAAAGUGAAAUACGGGCUAGUGAGCCGCAAGUGCGGGCUGGAUGGGCAGUGGGUGAUGGUGAACGGCACGCAGCCAUGGAGGGACUACUCCCAGUGCGAGGAGGAGAUGGAGUCCACCAUGGAGGAGGAAGGGGCCCGCCGGCUGAUGGUGAGUUUCAAGGUGCUCUACACGGUGGGAUACGCGCUGUCGCUCCUGGCAUUGGUCUCCGCCCUGCUCAUCCUCACCAUCUUCAGGAAACUCCGCUGCACCCGCAACUACAUACACGCAAACCUCUUUGCCUCCUUUGGGCUGCGGGCCAUCUCGGUGAUUGUCAAAGAUGCGCUGCUGGAGAAGCGGUGGGGCAUGGAAAUCCUGCAUGUGUCCGACUGGGAAGCACUGCUGAGCAAUGAGGCUGCAGUUGGCUGCCGGGUGGCUCAAGUCAUGAUGCAAUACUGCAUUCUAGCCAAUCACUACUGGUUUCUGGUGGAAGCUGUCUACCUGUACAAACUUCUGAUUGGAGCGGUGUUUUCCGAGAAGAACUACUACAUGCUCUACCUGUACCUAGGCUGGGGAACCCCCGUGGUGUUCGUGGUGCCGUGGCUGGCGGCCAAAUACCUGAAGGAGAAUGCAGAGUGCUGGGCUCUGAAUGAGAACAUGGCCUACUGGUGGAUCAUCAGGAUUCCCAUCCUGCUGGCAUCCCUGAUCAACCUGCUGAUCUUCAUGAGGAUUCUCAAGGUGAUCCUGGCCAAGCUGCGCGCCAACCAGAAAGGCUACGCAGACUACAAGCUCCGGCUGGCCAAGGCCACGCUGACCCUCAUCCCCCUCUUCGGGAUCCACGAGGUGGUCUUCAUCUUUGCCACGGACGAGCAGACCACAGGCAUCCUGCGUUACAUCAAAGUCUUCUUCACGCUGUUCCUCAACUCUUUCCAGGGUUUCCUGGUUGCCGUGUUGUACUGUUUUGCCAAUAAAGAGGUGAAGUCAGAAAUGAAGAAGAAAUGGCAGCUCUGGAAGCUUGACCAUCCGGCGCUCUGCUGCACACAGUGAUGGCUGCACUGCCCCGCCGUGGGCAACCUGCCUGGGAAAGCCGCAGGAGAAGGGUCGCCCCCAGCUUGAUGGCUGGGGGAGUAGGCCAAGAGGCCUGCCAUGCUCCUGAGCCCUGGAGGGGAUGUACCUAGUACUGCAUCUCUGCAGAUGAGGGCCUUGGGGAUUGUCUGUGCACCAGAUGCCGUGGAGGGCAGGGCCAGGGAUGGAGAACAAUGGGCCCAGCUGGAGUUGCAGCAGGGCAAAGCACCUGUUUCCAAAACAUAGCUGCAUCUGAGAGCCACGGGUGCUGGUGCAAGCACUGCCUGAACUGAGGAGCAGAAGCUGGGAUCCUGCAGGCCUACACUGCAGCAGAACAGCCACUCCUGAGGCUCCGAUGGGGCGAGGGACACACGGCUAUGGAGAUACUCUCAGAAGAUAUGGGAGGCCACGAGAUGAGACCCUGCUGUUUAUGCUGCACUGCAUAACAGGACACCGAGGGUGUGGGGAAACAGCCCCCCCCGACUCCUGCUAGUGUCCUCUGCUACCUGACCCUCUGGUGCAGCACCUGAAAUCUACCUCGGCAGGAUGCACCCUUCAGCAGGCAGCACUGCAUCCAGCAAACCUCCAUCCCCAGCAGCACUGCUAUCGCCGGACCCCCUGCUGGAGCGAGACACGGAAACCUCAGCAUAUGGGGAUGGAGUCUGACUGGGUCACGACUGUCCGAGGACAGGCCAGACUGCAGCAAUGAGACACUGCUGUGAUCACUGUGCGGUAGAGGACAACAGUUAGGGCGUGGCUGCAAGUGGCGCUAGGCCUGUGGCUAAGCCCUUAGCCACAACUGAUCCAGGCCUAUAUGCGGGGCGCUGGAAGGCUCACACAUCUGAUCCAUGGGGGUGCAGCUCUCACCCUGCAAAUCGAGGACACCCUGCACCCUCUCCUGGUGCUGCUCUCCCCAGCUGUGAGCUGGGGAGACAUUUCAGAAGCUGGAGGGCUGGGACAGGUCUGUUUGCUUAGCCCCAGGGAACCCCAUUGUGGGUUUGAGCUGCCUGUCACUGGCCCAUACGCGACCAGCAGGUUGGCUGUGACUGCCUGGCACGGCUGUCUCAUAGCUGAGUGGCAGGGAAGCCAGAGUGGUUGGUGAAACACGGCUCAGCUGACUUGUCUAGCCUUGUGAGGUCAGCCUCAGGGGUGGGUGGGAGCUCAGAAACCCAGUUUCUUUGCAUCACUCAACUUCUCCAGCACAUUGGGCCUGGGCUUUCAGCCCCCUUCCCCCAGCCCCAUAGUAGAUCCAAGUCAAAGAUCCAUCAUCGUCUGCCUUCCUCUCCUUCCCGUCGGCCUGCCCAGCUAGCCCCAAAGCCUGCUGUUCUCCUCCUCUUCAGAGCCUUCUUCUGCCCAGCUGAACUGGCCCGAACUGUCUUAGCCGAUCCCCCUCACAACAGCCUCUGAGCGCCUCAACCUCUUUAAUAUAUUUAUCCUCGGAGCUCAGCCUUGCCUCCCAGAACUGGUGCUGUCCCCACUUUACACAGAUGAAGAAUAGAGGCUGGAGAGAUGCACGUGAGUGACCCAAGGUCAGGCAGGGGCAGUGCUGGGCACUGAACCUGGCUCUUGCCUGUAGACGCUGGUCCUCUGAGCUGCAUCCACCUCUAAGUGUUGGGUUCCGGGCAGGUAACCUGUAUAGCAUACGUGCAGGCUUGGGGCAGGCAGCCUCUUAACAGUGAGUGGUCCGACUACGUUAGACCCUGGUAACCCGAUGGGAGUGCUGAGGUCGGGUUGCAUCAGUCAUGACACCACCUCGUCCCUCUCAGGUCAGGUUCGGGUCAGCUGUGAUUGAGCUGGGUUGGGUCAAGCUUUUAACAUUAGGCCUAAGCAGACCUGCUCACGAGUCCUAGGCUAGCGCCCUACCCCUGGGCCCUCCUUCCUCUCUCUGCCUGGGCCAGUGCUCACCCCCUCUUCCAUGGCUGCAGCAACUGAAAAGUGCUAGGCUGCUACAGCUAAACAGGCAGCCUGCUCCCGUCGGGCAGGCUCGCCCAUCCUCU